UGGCCAUGGGAGACUCUGGCCAUAGGGCAGGGUGCGGGGCUGAUCACUGUCCCGCCCCAGGGGGGGUCCUGCAGCCCCCCUGCCCCACAGGCAGCGCUCUCCCGGCGAUGGCCCCAGCUGGAUCACCGAUUCCCCAGCAGGAAUGUGCCGGGGGAGCCCGGCCCCUUCGCGCCUGGACGGCUUCCUCUUUUCCAGCUAUUUAAAGGCUGUUGCGGCGCGUCCCCUGCAGUGGCCGGGCCAUGGAGCGGAUGGGGGUGACCGAGACCUUUGCUGGCAUCUCCCUGCCCGGCCACCUCCACACCCAGGAAUCUCUCAACUUCGCCACCACCUUCCAAUUCCGCCCCACCGAUGUGGUCAUCGCCACCUAUCCCAAAUCAGGCACCACCUGGAUGCAGGAGAUCCUGACGCUGAUGUUCAGCCACGGGGACGUCGUGCCAGCCAAGACCAUCCCCAACUGGGAGCGGGCGCCCUGGCUGGAGCAGAUCUACUUCAGGGAUGCGCUGCAGGAUACGGCCGCCCGCCGGCUCAUCACCACCCACCUGCCCGCCCGCGUCCUGGCCCCUGCCCUGCAGCAGAGCAAGGCCAAGGUGAUCUACGUGGCCAGGAACCCCAAGGACGUUGUUGUCUCCUUCUACCACUUCCACCGCCUGGCCAAGUUCCUGCCAGACCCCGGCUCCUUUGACACCUUCCUCACACGGUUCCUCGAGGGCACGGUGCACUACGGCUCCUGGUUUGACCACGUCAAGGGCUGGUUGGGCCAGCGGCAACACCUGGACAUCUUCUAUGUCACCUACGAGGAGCUGCACCAGGACCUGCGUGGCACUGCACAGCGGCUCGGUGCCUUCCUGGGCUGCCCGCUGGGACCGGAGACACUGAGAGCCUUGGAGGAGCACUGCAGCUUCGUCGCCAUGAGGGACAACACCAUGGCCAACUACUCCCUCAUCCCUUCCGAAAUCAUGGACCACAGCCAGGGACGCUUCAUGAGGAAAGGCGUGGUGGGGGACUGGCGCGACCACUUCUCCCCCCUGCAAAAUGCCCUCUUCAACCGCCUCUACCAGGAGGAGAUGGGUGACUCGGAGCUGCCCACGCGCUGGCCCAUGGCCUGAGAAGGUUGCGGGGGGGGGUGUCAGUGGUGUUUGGCCCUUCCACUGCACAACACGACCACCCUGCUGCCCACCAAGCCCCGCUGAGUGUGGGGGGCACCACCCUGCAUGGGGAGCCCCCAGCACCCCCAUAACUUAUACACCCCCAUGCAUCGCCCUGGGGGUGGGGGCUGCAGCGGAGCUGGGGGUCUGGGGUGUGUGUGUGGGGGGGGUGGGUUUGGCUACAUGAGAACCCCCCCGCGGAUGGGGGGGCUUUUCCUGCCACACAUUGCAGCCAUCCUGGUGGCCUUCCUUCCCCUGGGGCAAGGCCGCGUGGCCGUGACCCCCCCCAGUGCUUCCACCCAGCCUGCCCUGGAGAAAUAAAUAUUUAUUGCUGUUUCCA